GCUUCGUGUAGUGGUUCCCCAAGUGCUCCAAUCCAAGGUCCUCGACUUGUUGCAUCAAGGUCAUUGGGGAGUGGUCCGCACCAAGCAGCUUGCUCGCCGUCAUUGUACAUGGAUCGGCAUUGAUAAGCAGAUUACGCAGAUGUCUACAGAUUGUUCGACGUGUGCCGAACACCAAGCUGCUCCGCCUCAACGCUAUUUUGAGUGGGCACGCCCUGCCGGUCCCUGGCAGCGAGUACAUAUUGAUUUCGCUGGUCCAUAUUGGAAUUCUCGUUGGCUCAUCGUGAUAGAUGCAUUUAGUAAUUUUCCGUUUGUUGUGCCCAUGCAGUCUACAACGUCUGCACAAACUAUACAGGCGUUGACUUCAAUUUUUUGUAUUGAGGGUCUUCCAGAAGUUUUAGUGUCUGACAAUGGUCCACAAUUUACCUCUGCUGCAUUUGAAAGUUUUUGUUCUGCCAAUGGCAUUCGCCAUGUUCUUACUCCGCCGUUCCACCCUCAAUCGAAUGGUGCAGCGGAACGUUUUGUACGCACAUUCAAGGAUCAUAUGGACCGCCUUCGUGCUACGCACUCUCGUCAGCAGGCCCUCAUCACGUUCCUGUCGUCGUACCGGACCACGCCACGCGACGGCCCUUCGCCUGCGGAGCUUCUCCACGGCCGUCGUCAUCGCACCCUACUACGGUUGUUGCACCCCCCGGAUCGACCCGCCGCUUCUGAGCAUCGCACGCGUUUUCAGUGCAACGACGCCGUUUUUUUCAGAGUUUAUCACGGUCGCCGUCGUUGGGAACGUGGUACCGUGAUAAGUGUCCAGGGUCGCGGUUUUUAUACUGUUCAAGGUGCUACUGGGGUGCACAGGAGGCAUCAGAACCAGUUGCGCCGCGCUGGCCGCCCGGAUUCUGCCGCUCGUUCUUUGUCCACAGAUUUGGUCCGCGGCGGGUUCCAGCCGCGCCUUCCGACUUCGCUGCCGCCCCCAGGGCAGCAGCAGCAGCCGUCGCCGCUACCACGCCGACAGCCCGUCCCGUUGAUGCCUCCCGCGCAGCUUCAUGCGGGAGCGCCCCGGGUGGUCGCUCCGGCGCCUGCGGUCCCUCUUCAGUCGCCACCGCCUUCGGAGCUGAUGGACGUCGAUCCCUCAGCCGGGCCGCCUUCCCAAGCGGUGGCUGUGCAGCCUGUACUGCAGCCGCUUUCCUUGGGCACCCCCAAGGAGUCUGACACCGCAGCGCCUUGUCCGGCGCCCACUCAGCAGCCGUCGACGCAGCGUCAGGAGAUGCUGCCUCUCUUCGUGGGUCCCGACGCCCCGUCGCGUCCAGUACCAGAAGCUGCGCCCGUGGUCACAGUCGUGCACCCUGACCUCGGUUUUCAGUCGGUGUUUCCCGAGGCCCCGCGCAGCCAAUGCUGGGGAGUGUAUUUUGAUCAGGCACACCAAGAAUCGGCUAAUGGAAGUGAAACAACAAGAGGAAAAUCUGGAAGCUCGCCUAACAGUGCAACACUACUCAACGACGGUUAUGGACUUUUUACAGGUACAAUGUCUCAUGAAUGA